AUUGUACAAAUUCAAGUGGAGCAAAAAGGACCCCUUUUUCCCAAAACACUUUUUAGGACUACAAAUUCACCCCCACCCCUUUCACUUCUUCCACACACCAUUCCCAUUCUUUCUUUCAAUUAUAUUCCUCUCUUCAUACCUAAAACUAAAACCACUUGCUUCCAAUCCGAAAAAACAAACUCAUAACAAACUUCACACUCAGCUUUAUCACCUUAAUUUGAAAUUUGAAACAUCCUAGUAUUUAAGACACAAACAUCAAUCAUGUCUGCAGUCGUAUACCAUCCUGGAUUGCAAACACAUCUUGAGUCUCCUCUUGUUGAGUCAAGAACACUAAGGUUAAGGUUACCUUCUCCAAAACAAGUCCCUACUCCUCAAUCCAUUGAUUUAGCCUUCAAAACUUGUUUCUUUGAUUCAAACAUCAAAACCCACCACCAAGAAGAAAAAAUCAACAAAACAGAAACUUUUCAAAACAAGCCCAACAAAAACAAUGGUGGUUGGAAUUUCCUUGAUGGUCUUUCAAAUAAUAUAUAUCAAAACACAUGGAAAAAAGAAACCACAACAACCACCUAUGUGCAUCCUCAACAGAAACGUUCCUCUUUGGCUAUGAGUCCAAAGAGCCUUGAAUUAUGUACGGAGAAUCUUGGUAAUGAAAGUGGCACUGACAUUGUAGAAAAUGACAUGUUGUUGUCUUCAAUGGGAGCAAUGGAGGAGCAAAGAGAACCUUGUAGUCCAGUAUUAAUAGCUACUAAGAAACCAAAAAUCCAUAAUUUUCCACCACCUUUGACAACGAUGAGAGGAUCAGAAUCUCUUCGUGUUAGACCCCACCGUGAAGAUGGUAGGUUAGUAAUUGAAGUCACAAAGGUCCCACCAAGUACAUCAUGUUUUCAAGCUGAUAGAAGCCAUGGCCGUCUUCGUCUCUGUUUUUUGACAAAUGAGACUACAAGUUUUGACCCGGAACAAGAAGAGGAUGUUGAUGUUGAUGAUGAUGAUGUCAUAGAUGAAAAUGAAAAACCACAUAAUAAAGAAGAAGAAUUAUAUGAAAAUGAAAUGGUUGGUGAAGUAAUAGAAGAUGUUGAAGAAGAGGAAACAGAGGAGAAAGCAGAGAAGGUGGAACUAGAGGAAGUUGUUGCAUGUGAGAAGAUGAAAAGUAGUGACGCAAGAAUGGAAAAGUAUGAGUGGGCAAGAAGGUGCAAAGAAGGUGGUGAAAAUGAAAACAAAGAAUUUUUAAAUUGGGGUGAAUCCCUUUGGGUGGCAGUGGCUACUACUUCCUAAAACUAUUUAUAUUUUCAGUUCUAUUUAUAUAUGUAUUAAUAAAAAAUACAAGAUUUAAAUAUUUUUGUC